AUGAUCGACCCGAGUGUGCGACUGCGCAACGCCAUCGUCGACGGCCAGCUUCCCAUCGUUGUGCGCCUGCUCAACCGGUACCCGGACCUGCUUGACAAUAUCGACCCGGCCAAUGGGUGGUCGAACCUCCAUUAUGCCGCGUACCACGACCGGCUCGAGAUAUGCGACCUGCUGCUGCGACGGAUUGCAGACCGCGCGCGCGGACCCACCGCGGGCGACGAGAUAAAGCUAACGUUCCAACACGAUACCGUGAUCCACACCGCCUGCUCCAACAACGCCCACCGCAGCCUCGAACUGCUGCUGGAGUAUUUCAGCGUGUGCAUCGACCAGCGCGGCCACCACGGCUACACCGCGUCGCAUGUGUGCUGCCUGGCGAACUUCCCGCUCUGUCUGAGCGUGCUGCUGGAGAACGGCGCGUACCCCAACAUCCAGGACGACGACGGCAACAGCCCGCUGCACCUGGCGCUGCAGUACGGCGCGCUGGAAUGCAUCGACCUGCUGGUCGCGUACAAGGCGGACGGCCAGCUCGUGAACAACGCGGGCUGGAAGCCAGAGGAACUGGCGUACGAUUUCGAGGUCCAGUCGCGGUAC